UUGAAACUNUCCAGGAGCUACAGUGACUCCAAAAGGCAUACGAUUGUACACGUAAAAACCACGAUGAGUAUUGAUUCUGUGAAAAUAUUCAUCUAGCAAAGGAAGUGGAUGACGAUUAGGUUCCAAGGAAGCAUUAAGUCCCGUUGAAAAAUCUGCACAAAUCUUAAUCAAGCCAUUCUUUUUGCGUACCACAACAAUCGGUGUCGCCUACUGUGAAUAUUUGAUGGGUGAUAUAAUUCCAUUUUGCUCGAGACGAUCGAGCUCAGCAUCGACUUGCGGCAAAAUUGCAUAAGCGACUGGGCGCUUCGGCUUGAAAAUCGGCUUAGCAUCUGGUUUUAAAUAAAGUUUGACUUUUGCUUUUGUGCAACGCCCCAAACCACUUGCAAAAACAUCUUGAAAUCUGCGCUGAAAUUCGGUGAUAUCGAAUUGCGAUUUAUUGACAUUGACUAAAUGGCAAAAAGUGUUCAAUGAUUGAUUCCACAGAUUAAAUGCAGAGAUCCAAUCUAACCCCAUUAUAUUCAAAGCUGGAUUUGAAGUUACAAAACAUUGAAGCUGCUUGGUGACUCUCUGAAAAGCUACUGUACAGGUAAACUCUUGAGUGAAAUGAAUUGAAUUGCUGGAUGCAUCUCGAGCAACAUGCGAAGUGAUCGUUCCUGAAGAGCUUUUAUCACCAGACUUGGGUUUAACUUUCUUACUGGACGCGCAAUAACCAUCUCUAUGACCGACAACUUUACAUUUUUGACACUUGUGUGUUUUAAAAGUACAGUCUUUGGAGAAAUAUUGCACAAGAGCAACCGUCCCAACGUCUGCGGUUUGAUUUUGCACCAUCGAAUUAUCGUGUUUAAGAUUAACCAUUCGUUGACAUUCGACGGCUAACUGUAUGUUCGAAAAUAGAGUCGGUUACUGCCAGUAAAAACAGUUCCGUUGGCAGCAGUGAAAUUUACUGGUGCUGCGUUUCGUGUCUUCCAGCAGUAAAGUCAGUAAAAUAGCUAAGUAGUUCAAACAAUAAUUUUGAGGUUAAAAACUAAUUGUAUUAAUUUAUUAUUUUAGAUUUUUAGUACAUCAAAUUCGAUUUUAGUUGUUUGAUAGACUAUUUUUUUUAAUAGAAUAAAUAGUGAGUAAUUAUGCAAAAAUAUAUUUUAUUGGACAAUAUUAUUUUNGAAUCUUCUACUAGUGAAUUGUCUUCGAGUGACAGCGACGAUAAUGAGUUAUUAAAUAUUAUAAUAAAUAAUAACAAUGAUAAAAGAAAAAUACGAAAAAUUAGAAAUUAUAUGGAAUAUGUUGUUGCACUAUACACAGAUGUCGAAUUUAAGUCGCAUUUUAGAAUGGAACGUAAUACUUUUAAUUUUUUGCUACAUUUAAUUNGACCAAACUUGAAUAAUAUUCCAUUCCAAGGAAAAGAACAAAUUGAUGUUACUAAACAACUACUGAUUACUAUUUAUGUCUUAGCAACACCAGAUUCGUAUCGAUCCAUAAGUAAACGAUUUAAUGUGUCCAAAUCAACUGCUUGGUUCACUGUAAAGAGAGUAGUUCAAGUAAUAUAUAGCAUUCGCAAUUUGUUUAUUAAAUGGCCUACUUAUGAAGAAGCUAAAAAUACUUGGACAAAUAUUCAGAUAUCGUAUGGCUUUUCUAAGGUUUUGGGCAUUAUUGAUGGAACACACAUAAACAUUCCUCGGCCGAAAGAAGACGCUAAUAGUUAUAUAAACAGAAAAGACAGAUUUUCUGUACAGUUACAAGUAAUAUGUAAUAGUAAUUUAUCAUUUAUUCACGUAUUUGCUAGAAUGCCAGGAUGCGUUCAUGAUAUGCGCGUGUUUCUUUAUUCUGGUGUACAACAAUAUUGUACNCCAGAAUAUUUUCCUCGCGAUAGCCAUUUAUUAGGUGAUGCAGCAUACAGUAUCCAAAAAACUGUCAUGGUGCCAUUCUAUGAUAAUGGUCACUUAACUAGAGAACAAAAACAAUUCAAUCAUCGUUUAUCAUCUGCCCGAAUAACUGUAGAAAAAUCAAUAGGAUUGUUAAAAGGACGAUGGCGAUAUUUAUUAAAUAAAUUGCCUAUGACAAGAACAAAAAUUUAAUUCCUUAUUACAUAAU